UCCUGGUGGCCGCAAGGGUUCACUGCAGGAACCCCCACUGGGCUCAGUGACGCUGCGGCCGUCUACGGCCCCGGUCCGAGCUCUGCAGGCGGUAGUGCGGUCGUGCAAUAGGAAGCCGAGGGUGGUGCAAGCUUCCCGUCGGGCACCAGCUACCUGGCCCAGCGGCCUGCCCAGUGCAUUCCUCAGACACCUCUGGGGCCCCCACCUGUGGCCCCCGGAGCCCUCUAACCGCGUCGGCCAUGCCUCUAAACCGCACUUUGUCCAUGUCCUCACUGCCAGGACUGGAGGAUUGGGACGAUGAAUUCGACCUGGAGAACACAGUGCUUUUUGAGGUGGCCUGGGAGGUGGCCAACAAGGUGGGUGGCAUCUACACGGUGCUGCAGACGAAGGCGAAGGUGACAGGGGAUGAGUGGGGCGACAACUACUACCUGGUGGGACCGUACACGGAGCAGGGCGUGAGGACCCAGGUGGAACUGCUCGAGCCCCCGACCCCAGCCCUGAAGAGGACUCUGGACUCCAUGAACAGCAAGGGCUGCAAGGUGUAUUUCGGGCGCUGGCUGAUCGAGGGGGGCCCCCUGGUGGUGCUCCUCGACGUGGGGGCCUCAGCCUGGGCCCUGGAGCGCUGGAAGGGGGAGCUAUGGGACACGUGCAACAUCGGGGUGCCCUGGUAUGACCGGGAAGGCAACGACGCCGUCCUUUUUGGCUUCCUCACCACCUGGUUCCUGGGUGAGUUCCUGGCCCAGAGCGAGGAGAAACCACAUGUGGUUGCACACUUCCAUGAGUGGUUGGCGGGCAUCGGGCUCUGCCUAUGCCGUGCCCGGCGGCUGCCUGUGGCUACCAUCUUCACGACCCACGCCACGCUGCUGGGGCGAUACCUGUGUGCCGGUGCCGUGGACUUCUACAACAACCUGGAGAAUUUCAACGUGGACAAGGAAGCAGGUGAGAGGCAAAUCUAUCACCGCUACUGCAUGGAGCGGGCGGCAGCCCACUGCGCUCAUGUCUUCACUACCGUGUCCCAGAUUACCGCCAUUGAGGCUCAGCACCUACUCAAAAGGAAACCAGAUAUCGUGACCCCCAAUGGACUGAAUGUGAAGAAAUUCUCUGCCAUGCAUGAGUUCCAGAACCUCCAUGCUCAGAGCAAGGCUCGAAUCCAGGAGUUUGUGCGGGGCCAUUUUUAUGGGCACCUGGACUUCAACUUGGACAAGACCUUGUACUUCUUUAUCGCUGGCCGCUAUGAAUUCUCCAACAAGGGGGCCGAUGUCUUCCUGGAGGCCUUGGCCCGGCUCAACUAUCUGCUCAGAGUGAAUGGCAGCGAGCAGACAGUGGUUGCCUUCUUCAUCAUGCCAGCUCGGACCAACAAUUUCAACGUGGAAACCCUUAAGGGCCAAGCCGUGCGCAAGCAGCUUUGGGAUACGGCCAACACAGUGAAGGAGAAGUUUGGGAGGAAGCUUUAUGAAUCCUUGCUGGUGGGGAGCCUCCCAGACAUGAACAAGAUGCUGGACAAGGAGGACUUCACUAUGAUGAAGAGAGCCAUCUUUGCCACGCAGCGGCAGUCUUUCCCUCCUGUGUGCACCCACAAUAUGCUGGACGACUCCUCAGAUCCUAUUUUGACCACCAUCCGCCGAAUUGGCCUCUUCAAUAGUAGUGCCGACAGGGUCAAGGUGAUUUUUCACCCGGAGUUCCUCUCCUCUACGAGCCCCCUGCUCCCUGUGGACUAUGAGGAGUUUGUCCGUGGCUGCCACCUGGGCGUCUUCCCCUCCUACUAUGAGCCUUGGGGCUACACACCAGCUGAGUGCACGGUUAUGGGUAUCCCCAGUGUCUCCACCAACCUUUCUGGUUUCGGCUGCUUCAUGGAGGAACACAUCGCAGACCCCUCAGCUUACGGCAUCUACAUUCUGGACCGGCGUUUCCGAGGCCUGGAUGAUUCUUGCUCGCAGCUCACCUCCUUCCUCUACAGUUUCUGCCAGCAGAGCCGGCGGCAGCGCAUUAUCCAGCGGAACCGCACGGAGCGCCUCUCCGACCUUCUGGACUGGAAAUACCUAGGCCGGUACUACAUGUCUGCGCGCCACAUGGCGCUGGCCAAGGCCUUUCCAGAACAGUUCACCUACGAGCCCCACGAGGCUGACGCGACCCAGGGCUACCGCUACCCGCGGCCAGCCUCAGUGCCACCGUCGCCCUCACUGUCGAGACACUCCAGCCCGCACCAGAGCGAGGAUGAGGAGGAGCCCCGGGACGGACCACCCGAUGAAGAUGGCGAGCGCUACGACGAGGACGAGGAGGCUGCCAAGGACCGGCGCAACAUCCGCGCCCCGGAGUGGCCACGCCGCGCCUCCUGCACGUCUUCAACCGGCGGGAGCAAGCGCGGCUCGGUGGACACAGCGCCCUCCAGCUCAGUCAGCACCCCCAGCGAGCCCCUCAGCCCCUCCAGCUCCCUGGGCGAGGAGCGCAACUAAGUCCCCUGCCCUGCACUCCCCUGCCAACCCUGCCUCCCUUAUCUUGAGGGUGGAUGCAGAAUGGCGCUGUCCCUAAACUCCACUCCAGCCCC